UCCAUUGCAGAGCUGAUCCAUACUUUGUAAAACUAUUAAUGGUGGCUCAGAUAGGACCAGCCGGAAGCGGUCCCUAAAUCCCUGUACCCCAACGUCGUCUUCGCUACUUCAUCAUGUCCCGCCCCAAACUCAAUUUCCAACUGUGGAUGAUCAGUUCAAUGCUCAAGAACCCCGCGCAAUCCUGGGAAAGUUUAAAGCGCCGCGUAUGCCCCUGCUAUCUAGGAUGUUAAGCGUUCAUGCCCCGGCUUUCUGUUAGACAUCACCUGCGAUUUGAUUUCUUUCUUUAAACCUCCCUCCCAGUGGGGAACAUGUCGAAUAUUGGCGACGGUGUCACUUUAGCUAGUGACGACACCACCGUGGACAGUAAUUCCGACGCCGACUCUAGCUAUGGAGAUGGUGAUGGUGCCUCCGAGACCACUUCUCUCAAAUCGUCAAUAUACAAUUACCAGUACCGAAAUGGUCGACGCUACAACGGAUUCAGAGCAGGAGAAUACUUGUGGCCGAACGAUGAACAGCAGUUGGAUCAACUGGAUAUAAUGCAUCAUAUAUUUAACUUGACGUUAGAUGGCGAGUUAUUCCUAGCACCAAUUGGAAAGCACCCUCAGCGUGUGUUAGACUUGGGAACAGGGACGGGUAUAUGGGCAAUAGAGUUCGCAGAUCGCUUUCCCUCCGCCUCGGUUAUCGGGACAGAUCUUUCUCCAAUACAGCCAUCAAUGGUCCCUCCUAACCUCCAAUUCGAGAUCGACGACUGCUGCGAAGAGUGGCUCUAUACAAAAGAGUCUUUCGACUUUAUCCACAUCCGUCUUAUGAAUGGUGCUGUGGCUGAUUGGCCUGCCUUAUACGCGGAGGCAUUUGCACACCUUAAACCCGGGGGCUGGAUUGAGUCCGUCGAAGGCAAUGGAAUAAGAUCUGACGAUGCAUGGGGAAAACUUAUUAUAAGAUCGGGUGACGAAGUGAAGCAAGAUCUAAGAGGUGCGGGAUUUGUCGAUAUCACCGAGCGCCGCUUCAAGUGGCCCAUAGGAGGAUGGUGCAAGAAUGAGCGACUCAAGGAAAUUGGAACUUGGAAUCGGUUGAAUUUUGAGCAAGGUAUGGAGGGGUGGUGCUGGUCUCUCUGCACAAAUGUGCUGGGGUGGAAGCCCGAGAAGGUCCAGAUGAUGUUGGCUGAGAUGAGACUCAUGUUGAGGCAGAAAGGGGUGCAUGCCUAUAAUGAAGUGGUUUUCGUAUACGGGAGGAAACCGUCUGCAAAGAUUUCGGCUGAUGGGUAAUUAAUUUGAACAUUUUUUUGAUUGGCGUCAGGAAAGGCUUGCUUGGAGCAGGGCAAACCUUGCUUUUGAGGUUUCACAUAAGGGCGGCUGUCUGAGCGAAGUACUUUAAUGGAUAAUUUAGAUACCCAAGGCGGUGCAAGUCAGU